AAACUGUUUACACUCAGACUGUCAAGUCCCCGACCCCUUGCUCAAGGCUCAGCCUCGUAGAACACGGUGUAACGCAGCGAACUGGAACGCCCCAACUCGUGCGCUGUGUACUAUCCGCAGUCCGCUCCCGAAUACAGAGCCAGCUGCGGCAUCCCUUGAUUAUGAAGCGUGCGCGAUAUAUAUGUCCACAGCCCGACACUUUGAGGAUAAGUUGCAUUCUUCCGACUCCAGAGUGGACAGAUGGUACUCGAUCCAUCUCAAAUCAGAGUAUAUCCUUGACAUCAGUAGGGAGGGCUUUGUCGAACUUUUAUCACUAACAAGAUGCGCAAGAAUAUUAAUGCUGUGCUUGCUUCCGUGUAUAACCCGUUCGCAUAUCUCAUAUAGUCUAAUUGAGACUUCAAGGCCUCAUGUAUGUGAGCUUUUAUCCAACUUAUUGCCUGCAGAUGGUCGUUUCCACUACGGAAAAUGUCUCUUGAAAUCCCAUCCCCACUCGUUCUCUUUUGUGAACGCCACAUGCUCGUUGUCCAGGCCAGCUGUCCUAGCUCGAUCACUCUCUCGACUUGCUCUCGACACGGACCGCAUGAACACCCAUGUGAUAACGUCUUUUCACUACUGCAGCUCAAUACUGUCUCUGAUUGUUCGAAGCAUCAGAGCACUGUGGCAUACUCAACAUGAGGGCACCUUGUUCUUGGCGUUCCGUUGCGACGCUAAGCAGAGAAACCAACAUGUGGACAUUCUCCGAGUCCUCGCAUCCCCCUUUACUUCAAAUGCCCGAAUGACACUUUCUUCUUGUGCCACCAUUUCUGGUUCGUGGGAUGCGAACGAUGUGUACGUUGAAAAGUAUAUAUUGUAAGUGCUGAAUGGAGAUACAUGUGGGACCCCAUAGGAAAGAUGGGAGUCAGGGGUUUGGCGCGCGAGUGUCGUUUAACGUUACCCAGGGCCACUACUAGUAUACGAUAACGCGCACGAAC